UCAAUCACUUAAUUUUCUCAAAACUUCAACGACAUAUUAGCGUUGAAUUUGUGUAUGGACACUAGAAUAAAUUUAUCUAUUUAUUCACACUCUUGCCUUCACAAAAUAGUCUCUCACCUUAGAACUGAGUUUAAUUCGGAUCAGAAGAAACUAACGUCGAACAAUGUCUUCGACCGAAUCGGAAGUGGUGGUGAUAGGAUCGUGGGCAAGCAUGUACACUUCGCGGGUUCGAAUUGCUUUGGCUGAAAAGAGCAUCGGCUACGAAUUCAUAGAAGAAGACCUGUCAGACAGAAGCCCUCUUCUUCUCAAGUACAACCCCAUUUAUAAGAAGAUCCCAGUUAUGAUUCACAAAGGCAGACCCAUCUGUGAAUCCUUAAUCAUUGUCCAAUACAUCCAUGAAACAUGGAAAGAAGGAUAUCCUUUGUUACCUUCUGAUCCUUACCUCAAAUCUCAAGCUGCUUUCUGGGCGGAUUACAUCGAUAAACAUAUAUAUUCAGGUGCAAAGAAGUUUUUGAUGUCGAAAGGUGAAGAGAAACAGAAAGGAGUUGAAGAAUUCUUGGGGUACCUCAAGGUGUUGGAAAGUGAGCUUGGAGAGAAGCCAUAUUUCAAUGGUGAGUCCUUUGGGUAUGUUGAUAUGGCACUUAUAUGCUUCUACAGUCAUAUUAUUGCAUUUGGGAAGAUAGGCAAUUUUAGUGUUGAGAAAGAUAUUCCAAAGUUGUUUGCUUGGGCUACACAAUGCUUGAAAAGGGAGAGUGUUUCCAAGGCUCUUGCUGAUCCAAACAAGAUUUAUGAGUCGCUCAUUGCGUUUAAAAAGAGAAAUGGUGUAGAAGAUUAAUUUUGAACAUCUAGUUUGAAUUUUGUUGGUCGUUUUGUAUUUGUUAUGUUUUGUUUUGUGAUGUGAGUUUGUUUAAAUCAAUCAAUUCAUAUCUUAUGAGUUGAUUUUUAGAUUGAUAAUGAUAAUAAUUUGUUUCUUAAGCUUA